AUCCACCUUGGGCACCAUCUUAAAGUUGGACUCCACAAAAAAGAUCACAAAGAAGCUGGCAGGACACAGCAAAGGAACGGCUCUGUGGGUGUCUUCAGUUAGCAACGAGAUGGGCCAAAUAUUAAAUAGUGUCCUGACUGUGCAGGAAGGUCCAGGACUGGACAGGAUGGCUGCUGGCCUGAUGGAGCGGUACCGCCAGGCUGGGGUUGCACCUCCCAAGGUGCUUUAUGUGGACUGUGGCUGCUGUAAGACAGAGGGACUGAGCAAGCUACAAGCCAGGUUUGGACAGUGGCCAGAUCUCCAUAUCCGGCUUGACAUCUGGCAUUUCAUGCGGCGGCUGGCUGUAGGAUGCACGACGGAUGCUCAUCCAUUGUAUCCUGCGUUCAUGAGGGCUCUGUCCUCCUGUAUCUUUGAGUGGGAUGCAGGGGACCUUGACCUACUCAGGAGAGCAAAGGCAAAGCAGCUCCAGCAAGAACAGAGACCAGGAUUAACCAGCUCCAUGGUGGACAGCCAAAUCUCAAAAAAAGAGUUGAGUACUUUCUGCCGCAGGAGGACUCGGGGAGAGGAAACAACUGUUCUACAAAUUGAACAACUGCUGGAGCAGCUGAGGGGCCCAAAAGGAAGAGACUUGAUGGGUGUCCCUCUGCUGGAUGAGGUGAGGAUGGCUCACAUCUGGUGUGUGCAAAAACGCCACGUAAAAUGCAUCCAGGAUGUUCCAGGAAUUCAGUUGUACACUGAAGUCGGCAGCAUCAACAAGAGUGGCAUCAAGCUCACCAGAUACCGCUGUGCUAGAGGAUCAACAUCUCUCGAGUCAUUUCACUGCCAUCUGAACAGGUUUAUUCCAGGAACCAGUGCAAACCAACUUAAUUUCCAGCUCUAUCUCCUGGAAGGCCUUAACAGGUGGAACCAGGAUCGAGCCACUGCAGCAGUGAGCAGCAAGCCAUCAUGUCUUCUCACAUACGCUGGGGACAUGACUCAGUGUAUCAACAAAAACAGCCUCAAUGUGCUUGGACGAGAAUACGUACCAAACUUCACACCUCCAGCAAAAUAUACAGGUGAGUUGCUGGGUGUUGACUACCUAUUGGAUCAAACAGGAAAGCCACUUAAACCACAGCUGGACUCAGAAGAGACUGAUGGGCUUCUGGAAGAUGUGGAGGCAACUGAAGCAGAGGAAGAUGAAGGCUUUGUGGAUGAAGCUAUGGAAUUGCUGGUAUCAGGGCUUCAAGAUGAUGCCCUUUUCUCUGCCACCUCACGGCUCGAAGCCUUCGCUCCCCCUGCUCCCUCCACCCAUCCUGCUGCCACCUCACAGCCUGCUUCCACCACCAUCCUGCUGCCACCAGCCAUCCUGGUGUCACCUCCCAUCCUGCUGCCACCUCACAGCCUGCUUCCACCAGCCAUCCUGCUGCCACCAGCCAUCCUGCUGCCACCCCACAGCCUGUUGCCACCAGCCAUCCUGUUGCCACCAGCCAUCCUGCUGCCACCUCCCAUCCUGGUGCCACCAGCCAUCCUGCUGCCACCUCCCAUCCUGGUGCCACCAGCCAUCCUGCUGCCACCUCACAGCCUGUUGCCACCAGCCAUCCUGCUGCCACCAGCCAUCCUGGUGUCACUUCCCAUCCUGGUGCCACCAGCCAUCCUGCUGCCACCUCCCAUCCUGGUGCCACCAGCCAUCCUGCUGCCACCUCCCAUCCUGUUGCCACCAGCCAUCCUGCUGCCACCAGCCAUCCUGGUGUCACCUCCCAUCCUGCUGCCACCUGCUGCCACCAGCCAUCCUGCUGCCACCUCACAGAUUAUUGGCUCCAACCAGCCUGCCAUUGCUGGCCCUAUGUCAGAGAGUGUGGAUGAGUCAGGAAUACCAGGCCUGGACAAAGUGGACAGCUUGGCUGAGUAUCUGGUGGAGCUGAGGAACAAAACCUCUGUGGCACUGAACAACCAGGAGGUGAGCAGCAUUGUCGCUCUGUGGCAGGACCUGUUGGAGUUUGACAAGGAGAGGGUGGUAUUUGCUGCAAGGCACCAAGAUAAAUUGAACACUGGAAGGUUUAGAUCCCCCAAAAAAAGGCAGGAAUUCACCCCUGGGGUUGAAAGUGUGAAGCGACAUGCCUUAACAACCACAGCCCCAUCUGCCCAAUGGCCAGACUGCUGCCGCCUGGUGGAGACCAUCUUUGUUCGCCUCUGUAACAUCCACCGUAGUCCAAAAAAAAGAGGGACAGGCACAAUCUCUAGAUGGGAUCUGAUCCUUCAGGAUUACAGAAAGAUCAGGCAACUCAUUUUAGCAAACGGCGCUGUCAUGCAGCAGUCUAACUUGCAGUUAGUGGAUGUGAGCUACACCACCCUGGUUCAGUGGCAUAACAAAAGGGUGAAACGGCAGGAAACUGCUUUAAUGCAACAAGGGCUAAACCUUCCUAGCCGUUUUUCUGUAGCUGCCGACCCACUUCUCCCUGCCAAUAUACGUCCCCAUUAUGCCAUACCACAUUCAGGGCCAAGUCAUAUAUACAGCCUACCAUCUAACACUGUGGGACAGGCAAAAUUAAAAAGAAAGCUACAAUUUGCUGAUGCAAAAAAUCCAUCAGGACAGCGACCGCUUCUCCCUGCCCCACCCAAAAGGCCUCAGCUAGUGGCAAUUGCUCCAAUUGCCUCACAGGGUCCUGUUAUCCCCACUGCCCGACAGGAACAGAGUUGUUGGACCUUCUCCACCCUUCCUGCACCUGUUCCUGUUCUGGCACCUGCGGCAGCUCCUGCUCUGGCCCCAGCUAUGGCUUUUGUGCUGACCCCUGCUGCAGCUCCUGUUCUGGCCCCUGCUCCGGCUCCGAAAUCUUCCUUCACUCCCCCAAUUAGAGCACCCCGAAAACUGACCCGCAAAGUUUUACACAACACGUGCAAAAAAUGUGGUCAGUAUAGAAUCCUUGAAACGGGACACAGCCAAUAUAGAGGGCACAUUUACUGUCCCUCUACUGAAAGCCUGACAAAAGAGCAGUGGCUGGAAGGAAUUAAAAAAAAUAAAUAA